AUGGCAGUCGAAAGCGAUCGUUUAUAUUGGAGCGUCUCGAAAGAAGAUCAGAGCUACGCUGGCACCUCAGAUCCUGCUCCUCCCGUUCGAUCAUUAAUUCUUCCUCUAUUUUUUGAUAUUUGGCUAUACUCAGGAACGUUGGCUUGGUUUUCGGUGGACGAUGACCACAUUUUUCUCUUGGAAGGUUACACCGCAGCAUCGUACACACCACCAACCAUUAUCUUUCCGGCGUCAACUUUGCCAGGCAAAAUGUGGCAGACGCUCUUGCAAACUCGUACAUGUACACUAUCAAGCGCGACUACACGGGAGAGUACGGCCGUCUUAAAAAGGGCGUUGUCGGGGACUGAGCCAAAAAGCUUUAAAUUUGACGAGCUAAGACUGAAGGCGUCUAAAAACAAAAAGGAUUAUCCUUUUGUGGUGGCUGAGUCCCCCAUCCAUAUGUUUUGCAAGGUACAUGAGCUGAUUGCUUUAACAAACGACGAAGCCUUGGUCAUUUUGACGGUCGAGACUUUCGUAAUUGAUGGAUCGGUCCUAGGUCCGCCCACAGAUGAAAUGACAAAGCGGCCCAACGUGACGGCCAAAAUUGACGCCGAUCUAAUUGAACCAGUAGUAAGUCUCGGCGACGGCAAGGUAUUUCCCUUGAUGUGUUUGCGAUCGAUGCCUCGCCCAACGCGUUGUGCGCAACGCGGCUCGUGGACUUCCACCGAUUUCAAUAACAAUGUCGGAAGAGGGGACCAUAGCCUCGCUUACGAAACGACCGAAUGGUCGUACAGACAACACGGUGGUACCUGCCCCCUCGGGUAUAACGCAACAACGGCUUUAAUCAUGCCUAGACCAAUCGGUUGGAUUUCGACAUAUUCGCAAGAAGGCAAUGUUGCUCAUCUGGCUCCCUACAGUUUUUUUACUGAUGUCUCCCGCGGAUGUGAACCAAUAGUCGCAUUUUCCGCCUUUCGCAAGGAAGGUACAAUAAAAAAAGAUGCACACAAAGAUGCAGAGGAGAUGAAGUGUUUUGUAUACAACAUGGUGGAUGAGGACUUGGCCGUAAAAAUGAAUUAUUCUGCUGCAGAGCUUGGACGCAACGAAAGUGAGUUCGAAUUAGCCAAGUUGACACCUGGGAAGGCACGUCUAGUAGAUGCUCCGGUUGUGUCAGAAGCCUGGAUACGAUUGGAGUGUGAAUAUUUUAAGACGGUGGAAGUUGACAGCUUUUCAGUCGUUCUCGGUUUCGUUCGUGGCAUAGACAUUGACCGCAAGCUUUGGAAAGACGGCAGGCUCGACGUAUCUUUGCUAAAGCCUAUCACACGGCUCGGGUAA